AUUAAACAGAGACAAACUCAGCGACAGCAGCGACUCAGAGACUACUGUGAGAAGCACGCUUCAAGCAGAAAUCGAAACGAUCAAUACAAUCCUCCUUUAAUUGUUAACGAUGAGUACAAAGUAAUCUUCUGCUAUAUUCCCAAGGUGGCCUGCAGUCAAUGGAAACGUGUCUUUCUUGCUCUUGAUAACCGCAUCGAUGUGGAUGAUGUGCAUAAUGACAAAGAUUAUAAAUUUCUCUUUAAUGAUUAUUCGGACGAGGAUAUUAAAGUGAGGCUAAAAUCUUACUUUAAGUUUCUUUUUGUUCGCGAACCACUCGAGAGGCUUUUGUCAGCCUAUAAUAACAAGUUUGUAAACAACCAGUGGCCUCGGAGAAUAAUUCAAAGGUAUAAAACGAAAAUUUUGGAAAGAUACAAACAAGACGAACUUAGCUCUAACAGCUCCGACCAGGAUCUUACUUUUAAGAAGUUCAUUUAUUAUGUGAGUGAUGUUGGGUUUGAUAGAGAUGGACACUGGCGAUCGUACGGCACAAUUUGUCACCCGUGUGAUAUAGAGUACGAUUUCAUCGGUCAUUUUGAGGACAUGCCAGAAGAAGCACCUUAUAUCCUACGGCAAACAGGAAUGGAUCGGGCGGUGACCUUUCCUCCGUUUCUUACCCACAAUACUACAAGUCAACUUCUUAAAAGCUAUGCCCCGAUACCCAAGGAGAAGAUCGCUCAGCUGGGUAAGGCCUUUGAAGAAGACUUUGAAAUGUUUAAUUAUGAUUUCCCAGGGCCUCUAUUCGAUCUCAUGCACGAUUAAAAAGCCAGUAUCUAUAGCUAAUACAUAUCUACGAGGAAAGUAAUUCCGAUUUUUAAAUUAGAGGUCUUGGUCGGAAUACUGUUAACGGGCAGAUAUUAGGGACGGACCAUUAGAAAAGUGAUGGGGGGGGGGGGGGGGAAUUUUCAGCUUGCACGAAUUUUUUUUUUUCGCUCACUGCUUGUGCAGGAAUCUUUUUUUUUUUCAGGUGCACCCCUCUGCACGAAUUUUUUUUUCAGACAGAUAUUGCUUUUUUUUGAACAGUGAAAUCUUGAUUCAUUAUCUAUGUUUUUGUGCUUUAUAAGUUGUUCUACACUCACAACAGAUCAAAGGAUACAGGCCACUUUAACGCAAAAUCUCUCGGAAAUGUACACAAAAUGAGAGAGGAUGAAGCGACUUGGAGUGGACGGCUAAUAUUUAUAUUUUUAUUAUAAAUUUUAUAUGUUGAAAAGUUUAAUACUGAAACUGUUUAUGGAUAAUUAAAUGUAUUUAAUAAUAAUAAUAAUAAUAAUAAUAAUAAUUUACAUUUAUAUAGCGCAAACCUCUAUAUGAAUAUAUUCGGUUGCGCUUUACAAUAUUGUUAUAUUAAAUUUAUGUUAAAGGUGACUAAAGCAUGAGAAACCAUUAAAAACUACGAUAAAAAGUAUUAAAAACUAUUAAAAAAAUAAAUACAUAAAAUUAAAAAAAUGAAAACCCUAUAAUAAAAGCCAACAAUUAAAUCCAUUUAACAGCUAAAUUGAAAAAAUGAGUUUUAACAGCAGUCUUAAAAAGUGUCCAAUGUCUUCAUGUUGCAAAUUGCCGAAGGUAAUGCAUUCCAGGGAUAAGGUGCAGCUGACUGGAAUGCACGAUCGCCAAGAGUUGGAUGGGUCUUAAUGCCUGGUAACUCUAGGAAUAUAGACUCAUUUGACCUUAGAGAGUACCUGGAUUGCUUUUUGAUAGUAAUGAAAUCAAUUAGAUAAUUAGGAACUUGACCAUAUAAGCACUUAAAUGUCAAAAGUAGAAUCUUAAACUUUAUACGGUAACUUAUUGGAAGCCAAUGAAGGUGGAAAAGCAAUGGUGUAACAUGGCAGAAUCUAGGUGUUCCGGUGACCAACCGAGCCGCGGCAUUCUGUAUCCGUUGGAGUUUCAUGAUAUGUGAAUUCGGGAGGCCAUAUAGUAGACUGUUACAAUAAUCUAUUCUACUGGUGAUAAAAGCAUGAACUAAUGAUUCGGUGACUGAACGACUUAAAUAUUUCCUAAUUCUACGCAUGUUAUAAAGAUAAUAGAAAGCGGAUGAGCAAGUUUUGUUGAUAUGACUUAGCAUACUGAUUUUAGAAUCAAACCAGGUUCCUAGGUUUCGAACUUCACAAGAUGGAACAAUUUGGGAGUCCCCAACCAAUAAGGUAAUAAUGUUAGGGACUUUCUGAAGUUGUUGUCGUGUUCCAAUCAGAAGACAUUCUGUCUUAUCGGAAUUCAGUUUUAACUUAUCCGAAUGCAUCCAUUGACUGAUAUCAGCAAUACAUGAUUCCAUGGCAGUUAUAGCAGCGGUCUCUUCCAGAUCAUUUCGUGAUCUAAACGCGAUGUACAGUUGCGUGUCAUCUGCAUAACAAUGGGAAUUAGGAAGAUGUGAUUCGACGAUCUUAUAAAGUUUGCUAGCAUAGAGAGAAAACAAUAAUGGCCCGAGACAGCUGCCUUGUGGAACUCCAAAUUUAAGAUUAAAAUUACUCGAUAGAACUCCGUCUAUAUAGAUGCGCUGGGUUCUGUUAGAAAGGUACGAUUCAAUCCAAUUAAGUGCAGAGCCUGAAAUUCCAAAACCAAACUGGAGGCGAUCUAAGAGAAUCCGAUGGUCCACGGUAUCAAAAUAAUAAAAUAAUAAUAAAUCAAGAAGCACUAACAACGUGACCUUCUGAUUUUCCAUGUCCAUCAGAAUGUGAUUCUUGACUUUAAGCAGGGCAGUUUCUGUGCUAUGGUGCCGUCGAUAGGCUGAUUGCAAUGAAGGAAAAAGAUCAUGCUCAUUUAAGUAGGACUGAAUCUGAUCAGCUGCCACUCUUUCAGCCAAUUUUGAAACAAAGGAAAGAUUGCUGAUAUGAUAUGUAUUAUAAUACAGGAUACACUGUAUGUUGCAGGCAGACUGACUGCCAAUGAAAACCAUACUUUGUGGUUCUUAAUUUUUGUUAAAAGUACCCGUGGUAGUGUUGCUGUUUAUGUCGUUGACAGUUGAAGUUUUAACACUUACUACUACGUGUGAAUGCUCUUUUUCAUUGUAUUAUAGAAUUCUUAUUCAAGGCGGUAAGACCCAUCUUCUAAUUUUUAUUGUGGGCACAAAUAGUUUUAUAGAAUAUUAACAAAGCUACAAAAUUCUAAUAUUUAUUUAUUACAAAUUCUAUUUUAUUAUUUUUGUACAGUAUACGGUGUACGUUGUAGGUACACUAGCUGCAAUUUAAAAUAAAAACAAGGUUCUAAUUGCCUCCUUUCAAUAAGAAGAAAGUGAUUUUUGUUUAUUCAUAUUGUUCCUGGUAAUAUUGUUGAUUUCUGAGACUCAGACUUUCUAAAAGAAACUCAGACUUUCUGCAUGAAUUCUUUUUCUUUACCUUCUUCUUUGCAUGAAUUUUUUUUUCUUGGCAUUUUCCCUUGCAGGCGCUUAUAAAUAAAAUGGCGCAAGAAAGAACGGGGCUCUCGAGGGGAACACGCUCCCUCUCACGUCGCGCGCCCUUUUCUUUCUUGCGCCUAUGUUACUUACAAGUGUCUGCUACGCUAGGCUCAGUCUCCAGCCGUGGGUGUUUCGAUGCGCCCGCGGUACUCCCCACCAGGCUGGAGACUGGGACUCCUGCUACGUAGCCUACCUGAAAUUGACUCGCUCGUGCAUGGGACCUUUUGACAUACUAAGUCAUAUGGGAAUAAGAGAAAACAUUUAAUGAAGUAGACAGAUACAGUAAAUAGUUUAUCUAGCGGAAAAUCGGAUAAACCUUUAAAAAUGACAACAAAUAAUUUUGCUUAAACUCUACAAUGUAAUUUAGAAAAAAAUCACCUAAUAAAAUCGUCUGAUAUACAUGACAGUAAAACCACUAUUCUGUUUAGUCCGUUUGUUUUCGCGACGGUUAACGUGACAUCUUCGGUUAUUUUUCAGAUUAAGACAAUUAGUAACACAACAUUUGUUUGGCUCUGGUAAAAAUAAGUAUGAUCCUCGAUUCAGGGGAUUAUUGAUGUAUGUCCUGAAACAUUUCGACCCUUUAAACCUUUCUCCGAUCAAACAGUGUCUCUAAACUAGAGAGUCCUAGUGCCUCCCGAUAGGUGACAUGCGGCGAGACAAUUCUCAUAGCGGGCUUCUGCAAGCCCUCCAGUAGAAAAGUAUGAAACGGCAAACUGAUUCUAACGGCAAGGCGAUCAAGAAGUAAACAAAUGAUAAAAACAAAAACUAUAUAUUUAAACCUAUUUAAGUUUAAUUGUACUGAUCCAUGUCUACAACUGGGAGAUCCGGCACCACUCAUUGGCUCGUUACUGUGGACUUGCUGAUAUUUUAUAUAUUUUAGCCCUCCAGUAGCCUGAGACCAGGCUCUGUAGUGGGGAAAAAAGGCAAAAAACAGGGUGAGGGGAAAGCUAUGUGCAUUUCCUCUAUAAACAAAUCUCUACUUUUUAGCGAAUGCUUUCUAGAAAGACAGACUAGGCAGAGUAGGAAAUUAUGUAUGGGCGAAGACCAACGUCGUGGUGGCGUGAGGGGGGAAGCGUAGUAGUCUCCUCUGCCCUUACCACCUUAGCCUGCGUGCCAGGUACCCCUUCCUGGCACAUCUUACUUCUAAGAAAACAGCUUAAGCGAAUUCAAGUGUUUUCUCAGAACCCCGAGAUUUAUUCGUAUAGUGAUUGGAGGCAGCGUAGUAGAGAAGAGAUGUGUUACGUCACGUUACCAAGGGACCCAAAUUUCUGGAUAAAAACGGUUUAAGCAACGACGACGGCGACGGCAACGAAAACGGCAAAAAAGCGAUGGUUUAUAUGAGCAAAACCAUUCCUUAUCAGAGGAAAUUAACGAGAAUUUCCAAAAUUCCCAUUAAUUUUAGUCGCGUUAAUUUCCGUAAACGUCAAUUUCCGCGACGUUAAUUAAGUGUAGCGUUAAUUUCGAUAUUUUUUGACCCCAAAUUCUCAAUACACUUCUGACGUUCUCGAGACCUAAGAAAGAGGAGUACUUUAUGAGGGUGAAGAUCCCCCAGCAACAGUAAAACUGUGAAGAACUUGAAGUAGCCAGAUUUCUUCGCUUAACGUUUAAGGAAAGAACCACGAACAAAGUUUCCGUUUUAAUAUUCGUUGCUGUUGUCUCAGCAAGUUUUGUUUCUUUGUGCACGUCGAGUUAAUUUCCUUCAUUUUGAAAUGUUACCUUCUCUUUCGCGAGUUAAUUUCAUUUAUUCAAAAGUCGUUUUCUACUAAAUUCGCGUUAAUUUAAGUGGCGUUAAUUUCUAAUUUCAAAUUCCAAAUACACUUCUGACGUUCUCGAGACCUAAGAAAGAGGAGUACUUUAUGAGGGUGAAGAUCCCCCAGCAACAGUAAAACUGUGAAGAACUUGAAGUGGCCAGAUUUCUUUGCUUAACGUUUAAGGAAAGAACCACGAACAAAGUUUCCGUUUCGCAUUUUACGUUUAAUCUUCGUUGCUGUUGUCUCAGCAAGUUUUGUUUCUUUGUUCACGUCGAGUUAAUUUCCUUCAUUUUGAAAUGUUACCCUCUCUUUCGCGAGUUAAUUUCAUUUAUUCAAAAGUCGUUUUCUACUAAAUUCGCGUUAAUUUAAGUGGCGUUAAUUUCUAAUACCUUAAUUUCAUGUAGUGUUAAUUUCCUCUAAUAGGGUAACUUUGCACGUGCAUCACGCGUAUUGUACAAUUCUUAGCUGUCAUUGCUCGACGGUGACAUGAAACGUUCUAAUCAAUUUAUGGAGUAGGUGAACACAACACAAAAAUUUUCCUUUUGUUUCUUAACUAAGAUAUGGUUCUUUUCGAUUCAACCCCAGAAAAUUUCGCCAACACUUGGCAAAUUAAACGAAGUUGAAUAAGAUCAAAGAAGUUUGAAAAAGUGCAAAUUCACGUUUUUGGUUGGUGGUCAUCCAGAUUUUGCUACCAUGGCAACGUGACGUAAAGGCUUCUCCUUUCUGCUGGGGACUCUUCACGCUUAAAAUGAGUAUAAAUCUACACGUAGUGACGUUUUCUUGUUAUCGCCGUGUCACGGGUGUAUCCUUUGCUUGGGCACAAUCUGGUGCACAGGGCCUACCCAAGAGCUCCCCAGAGAGCUUGCUCGCAGGCUAGAUACGUACAUCCCAUGUGGGAAAUCGUUAGAUGAUGAUGAUGAUGAUGAUACCUUUAUUUGCCAAUCUGUAAUAGUGGUUAAGAGCCACUAAGUGGGGACACUAAAAUAACUUUAAAAGAAUAAAUAAAUAAAUAAAUAAAUUACUUACUUUCUUACUUAAUUAAUUGAUUAAAAAAACAGAUUGUUAAUGGAAUGGAAGCUUCGUUCACGCUAUCAGGAACAGAGCUCCAUAAUCUGAGCAUAGUGAAGUCAAAGGUAGGCGCCACCACUGCAUCCUUGGUUCUUGCCGAUCUCUUUUAGGGAUUCCUAUAGAUUGUAGUAUUCGCCUAAUACACAAGAUUCCGAAGAAGAGGGCCUCAACAAUUGUAACAACUGUGGCGAGGCAUAACACCUCUCUCCAUUUCAGCUCAUUUCCAGCAAGGUAUUCUGCAGAACAUUUCUCAAAAUGAAUGAUAGUGCCAUAGAUCCAAAGUUGAGACCCGAACAGACUAGAUUUCGUAAAAGCCGAGGCUGCAGAGUUGGAAAUUUUCCUCUCCAGAACAUCACUGAACAGUGCAUUGAAUGGAAUGUUCCCUUGUUUACCGACUUCAUUGUCUUUGAGAAAGCAUUCGACAGUGUGGGCAUACGGACUACCACCUUAGAUUGUUACCAUUAGAAGGAAAUUUUAUGAACUCUUCGAAUGCAGCUGUGUUAUCUUAGGGAAUUCUGUGCCAGAGUCAUUUCCCAUCAAGUCUGGAGUACAACAGAGUUUUAUUCUCUCUCCAAUCUUGUUUCUAGUAGCCAUAGACUAGGUGAAACAACCUCAGACCGUCCCCGUGGAAUCCAGUGGACCUUGGUCUCACAUUUAGAAGAACAUGACUCUGCCGAUGAUCUGGCAGACAUGUCAGCCACUCAGCCAUCUCAGGCAAAAAUGCAACCUACAAAACAAUUUUGCAAAGCAAAGCGGUCUGCUCAUUAUCGUUACAAAGACCCAGGUGAUUUACUGAUGUCAAUACCCCUACAGCACUCCCAAUCAUCAUCAGUGGAAAGGAACUACUGAGCUGGAUUGCAUUGACCAUUUCACUUAUCUCGAUAGCCUUAUUAGUAGUCACAAUGGUGCCCAUAAUGACACCAAGGCUCGCCUUAUUAAAGCCAGAAGUGCUUUCAGACGAUUCCGCAACAUCUGAUAGUCUAAGAUCAGGCUUUAAAGCAGCAUUGGUAAGGCUGUUCUUUUGAAAGUGCUGGAGAGUAAAGAAAAGGAAGAGGAGAGGAACAGUGAUGAUUGAGCUGGAAUUGGUAUGCGUGCGUUAAGGGAGGUCGAAGGCUGGAAAUACGAGAAGUUGCCAAAAAAUUGCCCAGCAACUUGUGGAAAGCCCCGUAAACGGCCCCUCAAUUAAGUGUCAAUAAUGUUAAUGUACUCCGAGUGUAAGGUCCCUUCCACACGAAACCUGAUAUUUUGAAACCACGCAUACAUAUAAAUUUUUUACAAGAUUGCUUUGUAGUGAGUUAAAGUUUAUUGUUUCAAGUAAACACGUGCAGUUAGGCUAGUUAAGGAAGAGCCGCUUUUGGGCUUCGAUCUCAAAUAUGUACAGACAAUUUGAAAUAACUUUAAAUGGGCUCCUUGCUAAACAGAGAUAUUAGGGCCAUUUAUGCGAGGAAAAAAAGACGCGUCUUACAUAACACGCGUCUUAAAUAAGUCGCGAACUGCACCAUUUAUACGAGCAUCUCUUAUCUAAGACAAGAGCAGCUCGUAUAAAUGGUUCGCGUCUUAUUUCUGUUCUUGACUCGUUUUUAUGUGAAUGUCGCCCGUAGCAACGGCAAUCCAACGUGGCGCGCCAAAAAUUUACGCAUGCGUACUAUGCGUUCGCGUCUUAUGUAAGACGUGAAGGUCAUUUAUACGACGUUUUCCUCGUCUUAGCUAAGACGCGUCUUAUCUAAGAACAGGUGUUAAGGGCUGUUCUAUUCGUCUUAUUUUUCCUCGUAUAAAUGGCCCUAAUAACGUACGCGUGGUACUGUGUUACUGGCAAAUAGGAGGUUUUGAAUAAGCUUUGUUUCCAAAUAAACACCGCCCCCAAACAAAGCGCGGCAAGAAGAAAAGUUCAAUGAGAUCCUCUGCUUUCUUCUAGUAAAUAUCGUAAGGCACGUGAUCAGAGUCAGUACUGCGCAUGCGUGAAGGUAAAGAGAAAUACCUUACAAACGAUAAAGCAAAGCUGAGCAACAAGCAAAUGAUCAACUGUUGAAUAUAAACCGACAAAGUAUCUUAUUUUCAUUUCUUUAAUGGCUGUUCCACUUCGGAGAAAUUUGUUUGUAUCUCUGAUCAUUUUACUGAUUCUGCUGACCAUGUACAUGGUUGGUCUGUACCGAGGUAAGCUACCAUUUAACCUUUUUCAACUUUCAAUUCUUUUAUAUAUCUUGACCGAUAAAGGACACUUUUGUUCGUUAUUCGUUUGUUGGCUAACUAACUAACUUCAAAAAUAGAAAAAUAGUGCUUUCACUCCGCGCACUUUCCUUUCGUCAGAUAAGUAUGCGGCAUGAAUUACGUGUAUCAAAACUGCUGCCACAGUUCACUACACUGCACGAAAAUUGGAUUUACACCAAAUUUACUCAGGGCAAAUUUGGUGCAAAAAAGUGUAAACUAAGGUUAAAUAAAGGGCAAAGAUCAUAAAUACCGCAUUUGCCCUAAAAUUUACACCCUCAUAUAAACUGGCAAGCAAAUGCGGUAUUUACCAUCUUUGCUUUUCAUUUCCCCCUAGCUUGGCCUUUUUUUGCACCAUAUUUACACUGAGUAAAUUUGUGUAAAUCCAAUUUUUCAUGCAGUGCUACAUAACUGAAUCCUUCCUGCGUUUUUUUUUCUAAUUAAUGUUCAGUUGAACCCUUCUUUAACCAUUUGGAACGCUCAACUGGACGAAGAAAUAUGUCAAACGUAACGCAUGUAACUUGCUCCUCUGCAAUACGUUUCUAUCAAAAUUUCCUCACAAAGAAAAAUAAUCGCCAUCUCCUGCGUUAACUUCAAACUAGCCAGAGUUUCUAGCGAUGAAAUGACUGUCUAUGGGAGACUCCCGCCGUUAUGUUUGUUACUUCUUUUAUACCUUAAGGUUUUCCAAAAGAGUCAGUGUCCUACUUUUUAUUUUUUAUUUUUUAUUUUUUUUGUUUUACUGAAAGCCUUGGGUAAUGAAAGUUUGAAACUCAGAAAUUAAAAUGUCUCGUUAAAUAAAUAUGUUUUGCAUUUUUUCUCCUUUAAAUGUGUUAAAACCUUUACUUAAAUGGUUACUACUGAAGGUGAAUCAAUCACCCUUGGUUUUACACAUGAUAUAAUGCUGAGAUUAUUUGAAUAAGCAAUAUUCCUUUGUUAGAUAUUAUUAACAGAAAGGUUUUAAUCACAUAUUCAUUAGGCAACUGAUAUAUAUGGCAUUUUAUGGCUAAUUAACGUCAGAGAUGUUUCCUACAGAAGUUGUCCUUGGCAAUUCCUUGUCAAGACUGAAAACUUGGCAGGGUUGAUAUUUGCCAGUGGUAAUGACUCAACAAGGACUCUUGUCAAGGAAACGCCAAGGGAAGGCCAAGGAUUUGUCGGCGCGGGCAAUAAUGAUAACUAUUGGUCAAGAAAAAUUGCAGUUAAAGAGAGGCUUUAUUUUAACUCGAUGGUAAUUUUUAUUUUCCAUCGUUGUUGUCCCUGUAACUUACAUUACUUCCUCUAUAGAAGUUGAAGUGGUCAGGUUCCUGCCCGAAGUAGAUAAAACAGUAGGCAUUGCUAAAAAAGAACUCAAGGUAGGUUAAAUCACGUCGUGUUAUUACAGGUGUUAAUAGUAUAGGAGAAUGACUUUUAUCUAGCCAGCGUAGCAAAGGCGUUUCUGUGCGGUUUCGCGCGGCCAAAACCGAAAAUCCGUAACGGAAACGCUUGCUACGCAGGCAAAUAUUUAUCUGUCACGAUUUUGUCCUCUCUAACAAUCGUUUUGUAUGCGAGAUCGUUUAAUGUCUUUUAAAUGGACUCGUGUCAAAAAAGUCUCAACUAUACUAAAGAAUUAAGAGAUGGGAAAGGUAGUACGGACCUGCCAGGGACGUAGGUAGAAGAUUACGUUUCUUUGAAACUGCCCACCUACCCCUCCCCUAAGCCAACAUUAACACUUACUUCUCACUUAGGGCAAAAUGCUGGCUUAGGGGAGGGGUAGGUCGGCAGUUUGUCAGAAACGUAAAAUGUUUUGCUUGUUUCACGUCCUGUUUAGCCUGUUUGUGUAAAAAAUGCACUUUAUUUGAGUGCCAAUGUUGCAUUUGAAGUACUAAUUAGGGACACUACUUGCCGCCAGUUUACACGGUUUAAGCACCCCUACCGACUAAGCUAAUCCUGAAUGUCCUGAUUUCUAAUCGAGCCUUUUGGCUAAAGUUCUCACGUUAGUCAAUCCACUUUUCAGAUAGAGAAGGAUGAUCACCUUUUGGAGCGGAUUAAACAGAGACAAACUGAGCGACAGCAGCGACUCAGAGACUACUGUGAGAAGCACGCUUCAAGCAGAAAUCGAAGCGAUCAAUACAAUCAUCCUAUAAUUGUUAACGAUGAGUACAAAGUAAUCUUCUGCUAUAUUCCCAAGGUGGCCUGCAGUCAAUGGAAACGUGUCUUUCUUGCUCUUGAUAACCGCAUCGAUGUGGAUGAUGUGCAUAAUGACAAACAUUAUAAAUCUCUCUUUAAUGAUUAUUCGGACGAGGAUAUUAAAGUGAGGCUAAAAUCUUACUUUAAGUUUCUAUUUGUUCGCGAACCACUCGAGAGGCUUUUGUCAGCCUACAAUAACAAGUUUGUAAACAACCAAUGGCCUUGGACGAGGAUUCAAAGUUAUCAAACGAAAAUUUUGGAAAGAUACAAACAAGAUGAACUUAGCUCCAAUAGUUCUGACCAGGAUCUUACCUUUAAGAAGUUCAUUUAUUAUGUGAGUGAUGUUGGGUUUGAUAGAGAUGCACACUGGCGAUCGUACGGCCCACUUUGUCACCCGUGUAAUAUAGAGUACGAUUUCAUCGGUCAUUUUGAGGACAUGCCAGAAGAAGCACCUUAUAUCCUACGGCAAACAGGAAUGGAUCGGGCGGUGACCUUUCCUCCGUUUCUUACCCACAAUACUACAAGUCAACUUCUUAAAAGCUAUGCCCCGAUACCCAAGGAGAAGAUCGCUCAGCUGGGUAAGGCCUUUGAAGAAGACUUUGAAAUGUUUAAUUACGAUUUUCCAGGGCCUCUAUCCGAUCUCAUGCACGAUUAA